AUGUUCGCGUGGGGUGCUAAUAGUCAUGGUCAGCUGGCCGAUGGCACUAAAAAUGAUCAACAUAUCCCGACUUCCGUUCCUUUGCCAUAUAUGCCAAAAUUUAUAUCUGGCGGAGGAGUAUUUAGUGUUAUAGCGAAUGAUAAUAGUCUUUGGGCUGCUGGCCAAUUAGACCAGAAUGGAACGAUGGAAAAGCAGAAAACAUUUGUGUUCUUAGGAUCCAUUAAAAAUGGCAUACAGUUUAUUUCCUGUGGAUGGGAUUUUUGCGUCGUUCUAACAGCCUGUGGCCAGCUAUAUUUUAGAGGAAGAAAUAGUCCAGGAUUUGAAUUAGAUAACGGUUUGGUCCCUUCUUGGAUUGGUAGAAUUUCCCUUCUGCCACUUAAUACUUUGAAAUUCAGUUCAGUAGCAGCUGGAUUGCGUCAUGUUGUCGCAGUAGCAGAUUGCAACAAAGUGCUCGAGUUUAAGGGUGGUACUACACGGGAGCUACUUUUGGAGAAGUCCAUCAAAGUUAGCAGAUGUUCAGCUGGUGCCCACCAUUCAGUUAUUUCGACUACUGAUGGUAAGGUUGGUGUUUGGGGUGACAAUCGAUUUGGUCAAUGUGGGCCGCUCGUAAACGGUUGUACCUAUCGCCCUAAGAAAGCAGAUGAAAUUCAGUGGAUUUCUUCCGAAUAUUUCAAUAAUGAUAAUAUUAUUGAUGUUCAGUCUGGAUGGAGCCAUAUUCUAGCUCUUACAGAGAGUGGUAAGGUUUACUCAUGGGGUCGAUCUGAUUUUGGUCAGCUAGGACGAACCAUCCUCAGCCCUGGCAUAAGUUCGAGCUCUUCUGUGUGGCCUCAAAAGGGUCUUGUUUUCGAUCCAACUCCUCACUUAGUGCAGAUAGGUACUUCCUCUUCUAUUAUAUCGAUAUCCGCUGGAGCGGAACAUUCGCUUGCCUUGACGGAAGAUGGUCAACUUUGGACUUGGGGAUGGAAUGAACAUGGAAAUUGUGGUGUAGAUCCGGAAGAAAUGGGCAAUGUUUUGACUCCUAAACGCGUUGUGAUCGAAGAUGAAAGCAGACCUAUCUCAUUAGUAGCCGCUGGUUACGGAUUUUCUAUGUCCCUUGUUGACGUAUGGUGA